CUUCCCUUUAAGGUUGGAGUGAAAUCGUUGUUGUUCCGUGCGCUGGGGACGAAAUAGAAGUGCGCACUCACUUCCUGAUGGAGUUCUUGUGAAGAAUAAAAAUAUACAUUUACCAAUCCUGCUCGACCAGUUAUGCCUGAUUGUCGACGAGAGAGUGAAAUACUAUUUUUGUUCCAAGGACGUUAUUGAUGGAGUUUUUGUUGAUGAAUUAUAGACAUCUCCGCGUCCCGAGAGCCGGUGCUGGUGAGCUAAAAAGCCCCGCAGUUGGUGGCUGACGUGAGCCAGUAAUGUCACUGUCAUUACCAUCCACCGAGAUGCUGGAGACGCCCCCGGGAUAUCCAUUUGAGGAAAUUAAUUAUGAGGACAUCAAAGUGGAGGAGGUGGUGGGAAGAGGAGCUUUUGGGGUGGUUUGCAAAGCCAAGUGGAAAGGCAAAGAUGUUGCAAUCAAGACCAUUGAAAGCGAAUCAGAGAGAAAAGCCUUUAUUGUUGAGCUCCGCCAGCUUUCACGGGUUAAUCACCCUAAUAUUGUGAAGCUGUACGGCUCGUGCAAUAAUCCAGUCUGCCUUGUGAUGGAAUAUGCAGAGGGUGGAUCACUCUACAAUGUGCUGCAUGGUGCUGAACCCCUCCCCUGCUACACUGCUUCCCAUGCCAUGAGCUGGUGUUUACAGUGUUCCCAGGGUGUGGCCUACCUCCAUGGCAUGAAACCAAAGGCUCUCAUCCACAGGGACCUCAAGCCACCAAAUUUGCUACUUGUGGCUGGCGGCACUGUGCUUAAGAUAUGCGACUUUGGAACGGCAUGUGACAUUCAGACUCAUAUGACGAACAACAAAGGAAGUGCAGCAUGGAUGGCCCCAGAGGUAUUCGAAGGCAACAAUUACAGUGAGAAGUGUGAUGUAUUCAGCUGGGGGAUCAUUCUCUGGGAGGUGAUCACACGCAGGAAGCCCUUUGAUGAGAUUGGAGGGCCGGCUUUUCGUAUUAUGUGGGCAGUGCACAAUGGCACCAGACCACCUUUAAUCACAAAUUUACCCAAGCCAAUUGAAAGUCUGAUGACCCGCUGCUGGUCGAAAGACCCCUCUCAGAGGCCUUCCAUGGAGGAGAUUGUGAAGAUCAUGACUCACUUGAUGAGGUACUUUCCAGGAUCUGAAGAGCCCCUGCAAUGUCCGUACCAGUAUUCAGACGACGGACAGAGCAGCUCUGCAACUAGUACAGCUUCCUAUGUGGACACCAGCAACAAAAGUGAUGCAAACAUUGAGCACAGUGACUCCCAAGGGAGCAGCGACACUAUUAAGAUCACACCGCAGUUUGCACAUCACUUCAAGCCAAAGGUAGACCCGUUGAGAACUCUGCCUCUUUCAAGAGGAGGCAGUUUUGAGAGUCUGUCUGCUCGAACACAAGGGCUGACAUCGUCGGACACUAAACGAAUGAGUGCUGACCUUUCAGAGCUGGAGCCCAACAUGGGAUUUACACCAGCAGCACGUCCCCAGUAUAAACGAGGCCAUCGUAAAACAGCGUCAUUUGGCACCAUUCUGGAUGUUCCCAAGAUCGUCUUCACAGCAACCUGCGAGCCUCAGAGACGUCGCUCCGUGCAGGAUUUGCCAGGCAUUGGCACAGAGUCCACCCAGGGAUGCAGAAACAGCCGAGGUUACUUCUCUCCUGAUGAGCCCAAAGACACCAACGGCUCAGACAAUUCCAUUCCCAUGGCUUACCUCACUCUCGAUCACCAGCUGCAGCCCCUCGCUCCUUUCCCCAACUCCAAAGAGUCCAUGGCCGUGUUUGAGCAGCACUGCAAGAUGGCUCAAGAAUAUCUGAAAGUGCAGACGGAGAUCGCCCUGCUGAUCCAGAGAAAAAAGGAACUGAUCGCUGAACUGGACCAAGAUGAGAAGGACCAGCAGAACACGUCCCGUUUGGUGCAAGAGCACAAAAAGCUACUGGAAGAAAACAAGAGUCUAUCCACAUACUACCAAAAGUGCAAAAAACAGCUGGAGCUCAUCCGCGUCCAGCAGCAGAAGAGACAGGGGACGUUGUGAUGCCACGUGACCCCCCCCCCCCCCCACCCGCCAUCCGACAUCAACAAGUAUACACACAAACUCAUCACCCUUUCCGGUCCAACACCCUAAGGUCCCUCCGCCCCUGCCCAGCAGCAAGGCAUCUAGUGUACAUACAGUAUAUUGCACAUCCUCACAGUGUAUUCUGUGAUUGUAGACCAAACAAUCACUGCAUCCUUUCAGAGCGGAGCUUCGCUUCUAUGGUGGCCGCGUGAGACGGCAGGCUGGUGUGUAUUUCUACAUGUUGCUCUCAGGGCCUCUUGGAUGACCAGUUGAUGUUUUUUGUUUGUUUUCCAUUCCUCAGCAUCUUCUGGGGGACACGGUAACAUUUUAGUUUGUGGCCAUCGGCCACAAAUAUGUGAAAAAAAAGCAAGCGGUUCAGCAACGAAUGUGGGGGAUGCCCCCCCCGUAAUCAUAGUAUUUCAUCUUUCAUAUUCCCUACCCUUAAUUUGACAGACGCCACGUGUAACAUCCUCGGUUUGGAUGCGUCUUCCUUCUAGAACAGGGGUGUUCUAGAUUGCACCUUUUUUUCCUUCUUAAUAUUUUGACUUUAAGUAAAAUUACAUUACAUUAUUGUUUUUUCAACAUCAUAUUGUUGCAAAAAAGACCACUUUUUAUUGUUAGGUUCCAACUUUUUUCUCAUAGUAAGUUGACUUUAUUCUGGUACAUUUACUCCUGUUGAAGUAUCCUUUAGAAUGGCCCCCGGGUCGCACUUUGGAUUCCCCUGUUCUGGAAAGACAGACCUAGGAUUUCUUCACGGCAAAAAGGUAAAGAUCAUCACAUUUGGACUCCAGUGUUUUGAUUUGUAAAUGUUUUUUGUCUUUUCUAUUCAGUAGUUUUUUUCUGUCUUUAGGACAUUUUAUGGGGUGUGGAAAAUAAUUGUCAAGGAAAAGUAAUAGCAAGCCUGUACCUGAUAUACGGUAGUUUUUAGUUCACAUGUUGCCUUAGAAGUCGCCUGCAUUUUAAGUGCUUGACUUGUUUUAUGUGACAUAUUGAAUUCAUAUUCAUGUAAGGAACGUUGAUGUCACAGGUUUCAUGUCCCGUGCAAAGUAAGAAUAAUGUACGCUUCCCUCUUGCUCUGCACCCAAAGGGGGCUCGGAUGUCACGGCUUUCAGAUCCCAGUAUUUUUUUACACAUUCUUUUACCCGGUGAAGUCAUUUUUACUGGAGACUUGCUUCGUUUUCCGUUGCGUAGUUGAUGCACGGGUAUGAAUGAUCACAAAUCUUUGUCUCCUCCGUUUUCCAAUUUCCAUGCACAAAGAAAGUAAACAACUCCCGCGUGUGGCUUCAGUUGAUAGUGAAGAAGACGUUGUGAAUAAACUCGGUUGUCUAAAUA